AAAGCUUCAGCUGCCUAGCCGCGGGCCGCGGUAAAUUUGGUCAAUUUGGUGUUAAGCGUCAGUUACCGAGAUUGAAUCUUCUCGCGCGCAAGGUGGGAUACUGUUCGUGAUCGAGGCAUCGAGGUUCGAGCAUCAAAGAGAGACGCCGUGUGCAUUCAUGGAAGGCGUUGUGAGAAACUUGUAUUAUUAUUUCCACGAACUUUUGAGUCAAGUUCGCCGUGAUGCGGCCUGGACGACGCAGUCACUCGAGAAGGCUGUUAAUUGGGCCAGGUACUGCGAAAAGGUUUACGACGAAGUGGUAACAAAGGGACGUGUCGAAGACAUGGAACGUUUACUACGAGACCUGACACAGCACACUGCCGCACGGGGCGUUGUCAUAACGCUCGGAAGCCUCAAAAACGCGUCUUAUUUACUGGCAGUGGAGUUUCUCCAUUGUUCCCGGUUGAAAGAAGACACACUCGGGCUACUUUUGCAGUCGGAUCUGAUGGACAAAGCCUGGAUGCGUGAUUUGAUGUGUGAAACACUCGCACUAAACUCUGCUCUGCAGCAGACUUUUGAGGACAACAACAGUGCGAAGCAAGAUUACUCGACGCGGUGGCAUCUCGAGCGACUUUCAAAGAUGGACAUAGAAACCCUUGCGAGCCACUUGAGGAAAUUCUCAUAUUCAUCUACGGCUCUCUUGUUGAGCGCUGCAGCAUGUGACACGGCAGAGUUUCGCAAGACUUCGGACGCCGUCUGCGACUGGCUCGUGGCUCGAGCGUCGGAGACGUCGGCGCAGUACGACGCCAUGCUUGCUUCGGCGGUCUGGAGCCAAGAAAGUGGCCUGCUUUCUAGACUGGCGAGCAAGAACCCUGCAUUCCUCGCGCUACUGCUGAAGGAGCUGGAACGACAGUCGUGGGGAAUGCAGCCUAACCUCGGCCACGGCGCGAGUUCCUCGUGGGUUCCGCAAAGAUGCCGCGAAAAUUCCUGGGAUUGGGACCGAGCAGUGGACAUCUGGAGGGCAAUCAACAGCGCUCCGACCGCAGCAGUGAAAUCUGCUGUUCCACUCUUUCUCGGAAAAGUGUCCGUCAGACCUGGGUGUUCCUUCUGGGAUGAUCUUCUGUCGUCCUGCUGAUCCAAUAAAACAAUUGUCAUUUCCUAA